UGGGCCUGGCUCCUCCUCAUGUACCUUUCCCCAUUUCCCAGAUGGUCCUGGCACCCUGCCCUUCUCUCGCCCCUCCCAGGGGCUGUUUGCAGAGAGCAGCAUAAAGGGGCUGAUCUGAAGAGAGCCCGGGUGCAGGGAGCCAGCAGACAAGGCUGCGUGUCUGCCUCACUCACCAACCUUGCGCUGCACCAUGGGGAAAGACAAGCUGCUGGGUGGCCCGAGCAUCUUCCUCCUGCUCCUCUUCCUCCUCCCCGGAGGCACCUCACCCACCACCGAACCGCAGUACAUGGUCCUCGUGCCCUUUCUAAUCCACACCAAAGUCCCCGAAAAAGUCUGUAUCCAGCUGAUCCACCUGAACGAGUCUGUGACGCUGAGCGCCACGCUGGAGCAUGCAGGGGAGAACCGGAGUCUGAUCGCAGACGUGGUUACCGGGAAGGACGUCUUCAAGUGCGUCCCAUUCACCGUUCCAAAGUCCACUCAAAAAACUUCCCAUGGAAAUGCAGAGAGUUUUCACUUUUAG